UUCUUGUCGACUUGGAAGAUGACUAUGGAAUAAAGUACUUCAUCCAGCACCAUGCCGCCGAUGGCAUCCCCUGGCGAAACAUUCCACUUUGUCUAACGAUGGAACACUUCUGAAGUUUGCUUAAGCCAUAUCUACAGGAAGGUGUUAUUGGCCGUGCUUUUAUGACGGGACUCACCCCUCUAGCAACUACCGACGGAAUCAUCCUGUCGAACAUUUCUUUCCACCCCUUCUUUUCUGUGCUUUGCGGGCUGAGCAAAGCAUAUGUCGCUGUCCCCAUGAACAAGAUGGGUAUUGACAACGACACUGGGCUAAACCCACUGACGAAGUCAGGUGAUGUCGGUUUUCAAAACUGGCACCUGUUUGGCUGCUAUACAAGAGGAACUCCAACAUAAUCGCAUGGUCACUUUUGAAGAUGUCAAAAUUUUGGUUAUGGCUUGAUUGAAGCGGUUGCUUCCCGUAGAAACAACAUCAUUCAUCAGCUGGUAGGAGCGAAUGGCAUUCAAGAUGACGGUUUCCACCGAUAGAGUAUCCGGAUACUUAUUUUGGUUACGUGUCACCAGUGUCAAAUCCGCUAGUACCAAA